UCUUACUCACUUUUGUAACGGUAUUGCGUCCGUACGGGAGUGUCCAAAAAAGUCGGGCGCUUGGUCGAAUGAGAAUGAUAAGCCAGUUGUCUCAUUACUGGAUAAUGUAGGUCGGCUAAGCUGUUUGUUUUGGUUCAUUGUUAGAAAACCAUAGUGGAUUAAUGUGUACGAACUAGUAAGGUUCCAGUGCUCUGUGCAAUUUUGAGUACUGGAGUUUGAAGUACUGUGACAGGAGCAAAUUGUAAACAUUUGACUUGUGCUGUGGUUAAGUGGUAUUCCCGUUUGUUGUGUCACCAUGGCUGAGGCUGCAGCUGCUACUACCACCAAUCCGAAUGCGGAAAUUGUUCGCGGGCAGGUGUUUGAAGUUGGCCCUAGAUAUAAAAAUCUGCAAUAUAUAGGCGAGGGUGCUUACGGCAUGGUUGUAUCCGCCUACGAUACUGUGAAACAGUCGAGGGUGGCCAUCAAGAAAAUAUCACCGUUCGAACACCAGACGUACUGCCAGCGGACACUUAGAGAAAUCAAAAUCCUCACCAGGUUUAAGCAUGAAAACAUAAUCGACAUUCGGGAUAUUUUAAGAGCAGAAACGAUUGAGCAGAUGAAAGACGUCUACAUCGUGCAGUGUCUAAUGGAAACGGACUUGUACAAAUUACUAAAAACACAGAAACUAAGCAACGACCACAUUUGCUACUUCCUGUACCAAAUCCUGCGAGGGCUCAAAUACAUACACUCUGCGAACGUGCUGCACAGGGACCUCAAGCCUUCCAACCUGUUGUUAAACACCACGUGCGAUUUGAAGAUAUGCGACUUCGGGCUGGCGCGAGUGGCGGACCCCGAUCACGAUCACACGGGCUUCCUGACCGAGUACGUCGCGACGCGCUGGUAUCGCGCCCCGGAGAUCAUGCUCAACUCGAAGGGUUACACGAAGUCAAUAGACAUAUGGUCGGUGGGGUGCAUCCUCGCGGAGAUGCUGUCCAACCGGCCGAUCUUCCCCGGGAAGCACUAUCUGGAUCAGUUGAACCAUAUCCUUGGCGUGCUCGGCUCGCCCAGCCAGGAGGAUCUGGAUUGCAUCAUUAAUGAGAAGGCGCGAGGCUACCUGGAGUCGUUGCCGUACAAACCUCGCGUACCCUGGGUGCAGCUGUUCCCGAACGCGGAGCCGCGGGCGUUGGACCUUCUGGACAAGAUGCUGACCUUCAACCCCCACAAGCGUAUUACCGUCGAGGACGCCCUCGCACACCCGUACCUCGAGCAGUACUAUGAUCCGCAUGAUGAGCCCGUAGCCGAAGAGCCGUUCAGGUUCACGAUGGAGCUUGACGAUCUACCAAAGGAAACACUGAAGAGCCUCAUCUUUGAAGAGACCCUGCUAUUCUACCAGACGCAGAACUCGUAAGCUGCUCGCCCGAAGCGGGCACAUGCAAGCUACCACCGCGAUUUUAUUGGCAAACGUCGCAAAUAUAACUUGUGAUCAUUGACGUGAAAUAGCCGGACUCACUUUCGCGUAUUAAAUUAUCAUUGUAAACAAACAUUCAUUGCAAUUAACACCUUAUUUCGAGGCAGUAAUGUUUCGAAGUCUAUUGUAUCAAAACUCUGCCUAAUACACGCGUAGGCAGAGUUUUGCUUUAGACAAUUAUUGAGCGCGAUUGUCAGUCCAGUUGUUUAUUAUGUCAAUGCUUGCAAUGCAACCACGCGUACGGGCUUAGUGUUGUGCAUGUGUCGAUAUCGUCGUCUUGUCAGGCGAUAAUCGUGUUCGAUUAUUCAAGAUUUCGUGUGUCCACUCGCGUGGCGCUGCAUCGCUGUAGCUUGCAUGCAUACAUGUUCGUCGACGUUUGCGUUAUGCAUGCCUAUUAUUCCGAUUUCUAAUUUUCUAGAUGGUUUUCGGGGGUGAGAUUAAUGCAAUAAGAUUCUGAUGAUGUAUGAUAUACGGAUGCUGUAUGACAAGGUUAUUUUGGCGCCAGCCGCAAUCGGAAGGAGCGGCGCCAUGUUGUAUAAUGUCACUUUAUUGACAGCCAGUGUUACCGUUUUGACAGUAAUAUAUACUUUCUCUUUGUUGCGCGAAGGACUUAUAUAUUCUAUGGUAGUUUGAUUUUAUUAAAAAGUACGUUCCUCCUAACGUGACACUGGCAGAUUGUUCACUGAAAUCAAUGAAACUAUUUUACUGACAUCUGAACGUCAUAUUUUUUUGUUUUCGUUAGUUAAAUUAUAUUUAUUUGAAACCCCACUUGCGACAAUUUGGAUUAGAUACGUUGAAAAAAAGUAUUUCUGUGAGAUUUUUCAUCGGUGGUAAAACAUGUAUCUUAUCACGUAGAUUAUAAUCUUGUUUUUAUAUAAUUUGUAGUGAUGAUUGUACGCAUUUGCCGAAAUAACUUCGGUAUCCCGUUCAUAUUCUAGAGAACCGCCGAUGUCGGCUCACACGUAUUAAAAUAUAUAGUAUUGCGAUUCCGAAUGGGGCUGCUAAUAAAUUAUGAUUUUUUAAUUAUUUUAACAUCAUUCAUCAUAAAAUAUCCAAUUUGAUUUGUAUAGUAACGAUUAUUUAACAUAAAAUCAUUAUUUUAAGUUUCAAAUAAUAUUAUUUAAGCUUAAGUGACAUCAGGCCAUCGUCGAAUUUCAGAUCACCAAUCUUUAUUAGGCUCUUAACGAAAUAGAAAAUUGACUGAAAUAGCAUUCAGUUUUAACGUAGGUAUUAUUAAAGUGUAGAUGAAAUAUAGAUAGGGAUUUUUCUGAAAUUUAUCAAAGUUAAUACCUAGUCUUACGUUAGCGAUACGAGUGACGAAGCGUUAUGCAGUAUUACAUCGGGACGGAAUGUAAAUGUAUCGAGGUUAUAUACGAUCCAUGCGAUGGAGAAUUUA